UGCUUCUGCCAGAGGCAGCGAGGAAUAAAUAGAUGCUGCGGCCCCAGAAGCAGCCAGAGCUGCAGGAGCGGCAGGGGCGGCGGCGGCUGGAGCUCGGCGAAGCUCGUGGUACCCCAUUGGGGGAAUUUGAUCCAAGGAAGCUGUGAAAUUGCCGGGGGAGGAGAAGCUCCCAGAUCAUUGUGUCCACUUCCAGGGGGGAGGAGGAGACGGCGGAGCGGGCCUCUUGGCGUCCUCGGCACUGCUGCACCCUGCCCCGUCCCGCCGGGAUCAUGGUCUGCGGCAGCCCGGGAGGGAUGCUGCUGCUGCGGGCCGGGCUGCUCGCCCUGGCUGCGCUCUGCCUGCUCCGCGUGCCCGGAGCUCGGGCGGCAGCCUGUGAGCCCGUCCGCAUCCCCCUGUGCAAGUCCCUGCCCUGGAACAUGACCAAGAUGCCCAACCACCUGCACCACAGCACCCAGGCCAACGCCAUCCUGGCCAUCGAGCAGUUCGAAGGUCUGCUGGGCACCCACUGCAGCCCGGAUCUGCUCUUCUUCCUCUGCGCCAUGUACGCGCCCAUCUGCACCAUUGACUUCCAGCACGAGCCCAUCAAGCCCUGCAAGUCUGUGUGCGAGAGGGCCCGGCAGGGCUGUGAGCCCAUCCUCAUCAAGUACCGCCACUCGUGGCCGGAAAGCCUGGCCUGUGAGGAGCUGCCGGUUUAUGACCGCGGCGUGUGCAUCUCUCCCGAGGCCAUCGUCACUGCAGACGGAGCCGAUUUUCCUAUGGAUUCUAGUAAUGGAAACUGUAGAGGGGCAAGCAGUGAACGCUGUAAAUGUAAACCUAUCAGAGCUACGCAGAAGACCUAUUUCCGAAACAAUUACAACUAUGUCAUUAGGGCUAAAGUUAAAGAAGUAAAGAUCAAGUGCCAUGAUGUGACUGCAGUAGUGGAGGUGAAGGAGAUUUUAAAGGCUUCUCUGGUCAACAUUCCAAGGGACACUAUUAACCUUUACACCAGCUCUGGUUGCCUGUGUCCUCCACUUAACGUCAGUGAGGAGUAUCUCAUCAUGGGCUAUGAAGAUGAGGAACGCUCCAGAUUACUGUUGGUGGAAGGUUCUAUUGCUGAGAAAUGGAAGGAUCGACUUGGUAAAAAAGUUAAGCGCUGGGAUAUGAAGCUCCGUCAUCUUGGACUGAAUAAAAGUGAUUCUAGCCAUAGUGAUUCCACUCAGAGUCAGAAGUCUGGUAGGAACUCUAACCCCCGGCAAGCACGCAACUAAAUCCUGAAAUGCAGAAAAUUCUCAGUGGACUUCCUAUUAAGACUUGCGUUGCUGGACUAGCAAAGGAAAAUUGCACUAUUGCACGUCAUAUUCUAUUUUUUAACCACAAAAAUCAGGUGGUAACUGAUAUUACUUCUAUUUUUUCUUUUGUUUUCUGCUUUUCUCCUUCCCUCCAUCCCUACCCCCCUUUUUUGUGGUCUGGGUGCAGCUCCUUAAAUAUAUUAUAUGUAUUCUAUUUCACUAAUCAUGGGAAAACUGUUCUUCGCAAUAAUAAUAAAUUAAACAUGUUGAUACCAGGGCCUCUUUGCUGGAGUAACUUAAUUUACUGUUCUGCAUCCAGAUUGGGAAUGCAAUAUUGGAUGCAAAGAGAGAUUUCUGGUAUACACAGAAAGCUAGAUAGGCUGUGAGGCAUACUUUGCUGAUCUAAUUACAGCCUCAUUUUUGAAUGCCUUUUGGGCAUUCUCCUCACGCUUAGAAAGUUCUAAAUGUUUAUAAAGGUAAAAUGGCAGUUUGAAAUCAAAUGCCACACAGGCAAAGCGAUCAAGCACCAGGAAGCAUUUAUAAGGAAACGACACGCAAGACGAAUUAUUUGCAAGAUUGGCAGGAAGCAAAAUAAACAGUGUUAGGAGCUGGGGAAAGAGCAUUUUGCCUGAUCGAGAAGCACAACUGAAACCAGUAGCUGUUGGGGUGUUAACAGCAGUGUUUCUCUUUUGGCAACACAUUCGAUUUGUUUGUGAAUAUAUUAAUCAACAUUAGGGAAGUGAAUUAUAACCAGACAUCAGCUGUUAUCAGCAUGGCUCUGUUUAAUUUGCUUCCUUUUAGAUAAACCCAUUGGUGUAAGUCUUUUUCUUCUUCUUCUUUUAAAAUAAAUCUCACUUGCUGCAUUUGACCAGGAAAACACAGUGUGUACGCAUAUGCACCAGGGUGUUUUUUUUUUUAAAUAUGGGGCUCUCUAAAAUGCUGUAGUUGCAGGAUGGUAAAAUGUGCAAGAUUCUGGGUGUGGGUGUGUCUGUGUGUGUUAGCAUGGGAUGUGUGUCUGUACCUUCACACCCAAGCUGAACUGAAUUACAGGCCUGUGCGGUGGCCUGCACUUUAUCAGUUGGAUUUGUGCUGUUUAAUGCCCAGUAGAAUAUGCUUAAUAAAAGGAAUUAUGGUUGUCAGGA